GGCCACGACGACCGGUCGCUAAUCGAACGACAUGUCGUCUUAAUACAAUAAUUAUUUACUCUCGCGAUUUAUCCUCAUCGACCGACAAUAACAAUAUUCGUUACGAUAAUAAUUAUUAUUGUCGCCUGUUGUUAUAACAACCACACAGGCGUUUCACGAGUUAAAAUAUAACCUCUGUCGCGAUAAAAAAAAAGUUUCAACAUACACGCGUAUUUCAGACGGGUUUCCGAAAUGGAGAGCAUAUACCCGCGACGGGUGCCCGUCAUGGGCAACCUGACGGGCAACGGAUGGACGGUGGCGAGCCAGGAGAGCGUCCUCUCUCUGAUCGUCGUACUCGGUAGCAGCGUGUCCUUGGUCGGACUCAUAUUCGCGUUCAUCACGUACAGUUUGUUUUCUGAUCUGAGGACAAUGUCUGGCACUGCAUUAAUGUACAUGCUGGCAAAUAUGUUUUUAACGCAACUGUUCUAUGUUGUUGGUGUUGGAGGAGUUCAGGAAGAUAAUCUCUGUUUAUGCUUGGCGUUUGGAAUACACUACCUCCGCCUGGCCAUUAUCAGCUGGCUGUGUGUGAUGACGUACGAUAUGUUGAUAACGUUCCGCAAUAAUGUGAAUCUCAACCCUCGACCAGAGCCGGUAAAUGUGCUCAUUUCAAGAUUCGUCAAAUAUAGUUUGUUCGCUUGGGGCGUACCCUCGCUGUCAGUAAUAGCAGCUAGCGUGAUGAGAGUGACCGUGAACCACCAGACCAUCGACAACCUCAACCCGUACAACUGUUGGUUUUUCGAGAAGACCAUCUACAACGUGACGUUCGCCGUACCGGCACUGUGCUGUUUCGCGGCCAUCGUCGACUCGCUGGUCCGCAGCUGGCUGACCGCCCGGGCCACGGUCGGGCUGCAGGUGACAAGAAGACCCGGCUGAAGAUGCACCGGAAGCGCACGCUGCAGCUGCACCUGUACGUGAAGAUCGCAACGCUGCUGUUCGCGGUGAACGUGUUCGGUUACGUGGCCAGGAACGGGUCGCCGGCAUCCGACCCGGUGGCGUGGAUCGCGUACAACGUGGGCCACUCGCUGCAGGGCAUACUGGUCGCGCUGGCCGUCACGUGCAAUUGUCAGGUGCUGAAGAUCUACACGCGGUCGUUCGCCCGGCGGCGGCGCCGAAGGCCGCGCAACGGCAGCGCGACCGCGCUGUUCGACAAACGCGACAACGACAUCAGCGACACGACG